AGGCGGGGGGACUCAGUCGUGCAUAGGUCAAGCCGUGACGGGCUUCUGUCUGUGUGUGCCUGGCUUGCUCCGUGCUGGAGGCUGUCCUGAAGGUCUUCUACUUCUGUUCUGCGGAUCUGUUUGCUGCCAGCUUGCACAAACACUUUCACGUACAGUGGAGUUAGACAGGCACUAACCUAGCUGGAGCACUGGGGUUCAACUAAUAUAUUUGCUUAAAUUAACCAAUUACCUACCAUCUGAAAAAUCUUUAAACGGCUGCUCCUAGCUCCCAUCCCCCCCCCAGGAGCUGGCAGACCUACAUGUGCACGAGUUUAAUGUGUAACGAAUGGCAGCGAAAUUCUUCUCUGCCCUUGUCCUCUGACCUGGCAGUGUUCUUCACUAGAGGAUUAUGAAAGAGCGCAGGGACAAGGGCUUCUCAGGCUCAAUCUGAGCUCCGCUAUCGACCUCAGCUCUCAGCUGCCGAGAUACCACACGAGCCGGAGCGUGUUCCUCAAAACUCUGUCACCGCCGUGCCGGGGAAACGACAAGCUCGGUGUGGACAAGAGUGUUCGUGACUUCGCGUAUGUUUACCAGAGCUUUCAAAACCGAUAACAGAGAGAAGCAGUGGAGAGCUGCCAUAUAAAGGCGGACUUAAAGGAGGGGAAGUCAGCGUUUGCCUGUGGUGGUAUCGGGGAAUCCAAAGUCACACAUACUCCAUUGAUCGCGUUCAUUCCGGCCCCUCCACCGCAUGAACAAAGGCUUCCCGGUUUUGAAAAACUAUCCAAGAGAAAACCUGCACAUCACUGAUGUUUGGAAACAUGUCGGCUGAAAGGUAGCAAGCGGACAUUUGAAAGGUGCAUCCAGCCAAAGAACGACAGGGCGUGUGGCGAAUGGACCGUCAAACAACGGCCACCUAGAGGUGGUACAGCCUGGACACAGCGGACUUCUGCUGUCCUGGCUAGGCAAACCUGCCACCCGGCUACUUUUAGACUGUCCCUCCCACAGAGCUGGACAGCCAAUCCGGAAUGAUCUGGAACAGAUGCCUUUCCUGUCCAGAUGUUCAGGCAUUUUUAAUCAGAGGUGUUCUUAGAAUAUUAUGAACCUAUCAGCCACCAGGUAGGUCUUUUAUUAAAAUCUCAUUCUGAAGAUAUCCACACACGACAACAAAUAAGGGAAAAUCACUAAAUGUCAACAGAGCAUGCAUCCGCAACCCAUGGCAGUUCCUCCUGAAAUGACACAUACUGACAUACAAUUGGCCCACGCUUACACCCCCCCCAGUCCUGAGCUCGUUCCCUGUGGCCCACGUUUGGUCCCACGCAGCUCCAUUUGGAUGCAUGCCUUUGUCCUGAGCCUCUUUCAGCUAUUACCUCUAAUUAGUCAGCUCUCCAAUCAGUCUGGACUGUUGACUUCAUAGACUGCAACAUAGCCCUCAGCCCUGAAAGGUAGGUAACCUAUUUAGACCUAGUUCUUUGUUUGCAAGUUAAUUUGCUGAUGGUGAAAUCGGAGCUUUCCAACACUGGUGUUUUUUCGGGAAUUUGCUGGACUGGAAUCCACGAUAUAAUGAGAGUAAACCAGGAGUCGGAGGUGACUGGACCGGUCACAGCAGCAGUCCUACAGUGACAUGUAAUCAAACACUAAUUAUUACUGCGAAAGAAAGGUGAUAAUUGGCUCUGAGCCUGUGAAAUGAAAAGUGCAAAGAUAGGAUUCCUUUGAGGCCCACAGGCCCUGAAAUAAAUAAGGGACCAGAGCUUUCAAACUCACAGGGCAAACUCACAACACUCUUGGGAUAAUGUCUCUCCCAAUAUCCCCCACUCAAAUGGGUCAAUGCUGUAAUUCACACCGUAGUGCAAUACAAAACGCAAGAUGUUUACCGGAAUCCAAGGGCUCUGGCGUGAUGCAGGCAGACUAAGGAGACGCACGGCGCGAGGCCAACAUAACUCCGUCAGCUUGUUGUAUUCCAUGCUUUUUUUCCUUUUAGACCUCCGGUUAUGGUAAUAAUAUCUUCACAGGAGCCUGUAUUUUACAUUUUCAAACUCUUUCAAAAAACUCCACUUCUUAAAGCCUGUCUUUGAAGUGGAACCGUUCAUAGACAAAGAGCAUAGGUGUAUUUCUUGGCUUGCAGUUGGAUUUUUGACAGCCAUGCGCCCCUUUUAAUUUUGACUUAAAUUACAGAGGACGACACACCAAAGGGGCUUUUAAGCAAACACAAGCUGUCAUUAAUUUGUCUGCUCCAGUUUAGACUUUGGCAUUUGACAGACAAGUGGGGAGGGAGGGUUUAUUCGUUAUGCUGUCUGACCACACCCAGGUAUACUACUAUGGUGAUGCAGCCUGGACGGUCUCCUCAUUUUCCAAGUACUGUAUGUGCCACUGUCUGUCAUCUUUUUCAAAUAUAUAUAUAUAUUCAUUAUAAAACUUUUUCUCCACUAUCUAUGCAACCAACCAGUAUUUCCGACAUUUCAAAUCGAAUGGUAGUCAUCUCCACUGACGUGACUGAAAGGAGUGAUUAAAGAACUUCAGUCCUAAUGACGUGUCGAUCUUUCUACACGUUUUUUUCCCGUAUUCAGUACUCAGUCUCUCUGGAAUUCUGCACUUUACUCCGGUUCGGUUUAAUGGUAACUGUUGCAUCGGUCAGACAUAAGCAUGCAUGGGUCUCUCCCAAACCGAGAAUCAGAUGAGAGAGUAAUUCACGAGCUCUAAGUAGCCAAUUGGAUUUGUCCUACUGCUGUACUUUGUGAUCCUGCCUUCAUGGUAAUUAGCCUCCACCCCCAUGAAAAUGCCAUUUAAUUCAGUAAUGCCCAGCUUCUUCUAAUGGCCGGUUCUAAUAAAUAUGAACACCAGCCGUAUAGAAAGAUGGAGAAAGGAACAAGGAACAUGGACAGAAUUUACCUUUCCUUAUUGCAGUGUUUCUCACCAUUUAAAUUCCUUAAUGAAUUCCUUUGCUAUUUAAAUCCUAGCCUGUGACCGUGCGUAGAGAUUAUGGGAUAUUUUAAUUAUCACGUCGUUUGAGCUCGUUCUCAACCCCAACAGGACAUACCACUGUGCCGGAGAGAAUGUCACCCUGACGCACAUGAAAACAGAAGUGUUGGUCAGCGGUGUACAGUCCCCCGCACCCCCACGCCUUUUCAUUAGCUUCCUGUUGGCCCGUUGGCUCCCUGCCGCCUGACAGCCACUGCCCAGGCACUGCCUCUGUUUUCUCCUUGACACUCUGUUUCCUGCCUACUGCGUUUUGAUUCCAUCAGAUUUCUUUCCCCAAGCUUCUGGUUCCUUUAAUUUCCUGCCAGUGCCUGCUUCUGCCUGCGGGGGGAAAUUGGGCCAAAUGGCUGCAGAGGUUCAUGUUCUCCCAGUGGAACCUCAGCAGGCCGUUAGUUCAGGAAAACAAAUGUCAUGCUUUUAUCAUCUCAUACGAAACUAAACGUAAGGGUCAGACAAUCAGCACAUCACUGUUGCAGCCUGUCAAUGAUACUCGAUGUUAGACACAUUUCAACCAACCGCCUUAUAUGUAGAAAUAUGUCUUCUUGCUAAUUUGAUGUCAAUUAUUUUGAAAGAAAUUGAGUCUUUUUGAGGUAAUUGCAAUUACAUUGUUGGCUGUAUUUGUAUCCAAAGGUGUGUUGGAUGCACAUGUGAUAUUGAGCAAUGUUUAUGUAGGGUGUUUCCCUGGGGAGAUGAAUUAGAGAAUAUUGAAAUGCUGGAUAUUUCGGUUGCAGCACUGGAAGCCCCUGUACAUCGGCACAAUCCGCAUGAAGCUAGCCAAUGGUGAAGCGUUAUCAUGUCUCAUUAUUCUGGAGGAUACGCUUGACUUCAGGUUGACAUGAGUGUGUGCAUGAGAGUCUGUGAAAUAAUUAGCCUGUGCACACCACAUGCAUGCACACGCACACUGAGGCUGUGCUGGCCAAUUCCAGUGAGAGGCUAUUACGCUCUCUGAGUGACAAAUCACACAGGCACUGCUGUAAUACACCUCUGUGCACACACUACACUCUAUUACAUAAAUACAUAAACAAAAACGCAGAAUGUAAACAGAUUACAUGGUCUGCUUACCCAUCAGGCUCCUGCUGCAUAUACACAAUCAUUUUUGUGAUUCAGGGACAGCGUGCAAUGAUAUUUCCACUUGGAAAACAGCACGCAUUUUCACUGUAUAUAAAUAUUUGUGCAUUAUUUUCUAUGCAUAUAAACACACAUAAACAAAUAAAAAAUCUGUCCGACAAGCCAGAAAGGAGAAAAAAAACACUCUAGCGUCCCGAAUCUGUUAUCACACAUGAACCCCGCCGAUAACCAGAUUGCAUGAAAUCUGAUUUAUCUCCAAUUGCCUGACAACCAUGCGCAGAGUUGUCCCAUGGCAACCUUAAAAAAUGAACAUUCAUCAGGCUCCUAUUGAGCAUUGCUGUUCCCAUAGCAACCAGGAGAGAAGGAUGGCUGGCGUGAGAGGGAGAGGGAGAGAGCAGGAGAUAAAGGGAGACAGAGUGCAUGUGGGGGAGGUUGUUUUGGCCAUGAACCACCACUACCCUCAAUGCUUUCGUUUCAUUCAUGCAUUUCUCUCUCUCUCUCUCUCUCUCUCUCUCUCCUUCUUCCCCCAGGUAGCCACGGCGAUGACGGUGCCUGUGUGACGAUCAGGGUGCCUCUUCAGCAGCUCUUCCCCUUCUGUGUCACCAUCCUAUCCUUGCAUGUACUCCCCCCCCCCCCACUCCACUCCAUCCUCCCUUCUCCUCGCACAGAGACAAAUACGAACCCCCCCCCCCCCCACUCAUUUUCAUCCAACCCUCCCCUUGUCCCUCCCCUUCAGAAAAGACCUGGUCGGGGACUGAAGAUCUGCGACAGAGGCUCUCAUUUGUAAUCAGAUGAAAGCAGAGAUAAUCCUGAGGCUGACUCCAUCUUGGUUGCUGCUGUAGCAGGAGGAAGAGGUGGAGACUGAGAAAAGGGGAGGGUCGAUCAGGAGGUCACCUGUGGAUGUGAAGGAGGAGGCGGCUUUCUGUUCCUGCUGAGGUCCGGGAGCGACGUGGGAGGUCUGCAGAGCUCCGGGGACACAUGAACUCCGAACCAAGAAGAAGGAGAAAUACAGUUUGAGGAGGGGGAGAGGAAGAGGAGGAAGAGGCCUGGUCUUUACUCGUCUUCUCAGUGUCCUCCUCAUGGCAGAAAGCAGGUGUCCUGCACCUGACACCCUCCCUCUGGAGGCCCUUGAUGGCACCUCUCCGAAGGAGGAGCUGUGGAAGAGCACAAGCGCUUCCUCCACACACCAGAGGCCCAAGGAGAGUGGGCUGGAGCCACCGCAGGAUGGCUGCCAGGGCGGGUCUUGCACCCCGGAGGUGGCAGCCCGCCGCGAUGGGGCGCGGCCUCACAGCUGUGUCGGGCCACCGGGAGGUGUGGAGAACCACCGGCCCUGUGCAGAUGAAGCCCGCAACCCGGCAUGGAAGGAGAACCACGUGGUGUCAACAUCCAACAUGGACCAGAGAGGAGACCGGCUGGAGCCGGCCAAGCAGCCUGUGCAACGCAGCCACUCAGACGGUCUGCACAGCUCCAGGGAGACCCCAAGCCCCCAGGUCAGGGAGGGGGGCUUCCCCUGCCAGUGGGUGAACUACUGCAGCCGGCAGACACCGGGCUGCCCCUCGCUAGUGUGCAAGCAAGCCAUGCAGCUGCAGCAGAACAACACCGUAACUGUCUGCCAGUGUGGCGGCAGCAGCCCUGCCCACCCACUCAGCAGCGUCCAGAUUCGUGUGCCCAGCGCCGGGGAAAUGGAUGCCCCGCUUGUCAGCUGUGGGGAGGCCUGCUACGGCCCCCAUGUACACGCCUGUAGCCUGGGAGACGCGUGUGCAGCCUUCUGCCACCACCUGCCCAUACCCACACCUGUGCCCCUCCCACCCAGGCUGGUGGAUGCCGAGCGUGGGGGUCAGAGGGCGCCGCAUCACCACGUCGACAGACUUGCCUUCCCCCGGCUUGUCACCUCAGUUAGUGAGACGGGGCUGGACACCAAGAGCGUGACGUGCUGCUGCGGUGGGGACCAUGUAGAGCGGGGUAUGGCCCGGCCGGGGGAGGGCAGGCAGACCCGGGACACGGGCACCAUGACGUCCCCCUGGGAGCUGAAGGACGUGGGCGUGCAGGUGGGUCAACCCCAGUCCACCACCCCGCCACACGUGUUUCCCGAGGUCAGUCUGGUGGAGGAGACGGAAGCCGGGGGGGCAGCAACGCAGAAGUCCCCGGUGAGGGAGGUGGCGUGGGAUGCAGAAGGCAUGACGUGGGAAGUGUACGGUGCCUCUGUAGACCCCGAGGAGCUGGGCCUGGCCAUCCAGAAGCACCUGGAGCUGCAGAUCAAGGAAACUGCGAGCCGCGCCACCCGGCUGGUCCGCCAGGACACGGCGUCAUCCCAGCAGAGCGGGCGGCGCAGGAAGAGGGGCGGAGGCAGCAUGAUCAGCUCGCUGAGGAAUCCCGCAUGCUGUGCCCGCUCCAGUGCGGCAGUGGACUGAGGACGGUGUCACAUGGAGGCUAUGUGGAUGGACAGUGGCAGCCAUAAAAUGCAAAAAAUUAUGUGGGAAGGAGAGAGGGAAGGACAGGACAUCAACAGGCUGGCCCAGGCAGACACACACUGGCAUCACCCCCAGACACCGCCUUCACUUCCACCAGAGAACCUGGAAAUGCACUGUGCUCAGAUCAGUUUGUGUCCCCGUUUGCCAGACCUGCCAUCCUCCGCAUUCCGGAUCAGUGGGCCCGCCAAAAUGCAGCAUUUCCCACGCCUUCGCCCACCCAAAAGACGGGAUGGGAGAUGGGCUCGCGGCCGCCAGCGGGGACAGGCGGCUCGCCCACGGCCGACGCCGGAGGUGUGAGCCGUAAACAAAAAAACAAGCUGGCCAAGCAGUGACAACAAAAGCUGAGUCAUUUCGCCAACUGUAGGAAGAGCAGUGGAAAAAAAACUCAGCGAUGGGGAUACAAUGGUCAGUACUAUUAUCACGAGAGAAACUGAGGCCCUUUAUAACUUCUGCUGAAAGUUAUAUACUGUAGCUGUAAAUACCCCUGUGUUAUAGAAGAGUUACUUCCCUUUUUCACUUGAGUGUGUGAGAAUAUAGCUACAUCGUUAUGUGAUAUCACUCUACCAUAAAUGCUUAUCUUACCAUCUCACGCCCAUAAAAGAAUGUGUAUUUAUUCUAGCAACACUGUGAUUAAAAUGAUAAUAAUGCCCGCUACGAGCAUUAAAAAACUAAAAUCUGGUGAUAAACUGCAAAAGCUGAUCUUGACCCCUCAGUGCUGACACUCCAAGGUCAUAAGGUGAAUAGGAGUCAAUAGCGUGUGUCACAGGGCGCCUCUUACCCGGACGAAAAGCCACAUUCCGAGCUGACUCCAAGCAGGAGAAAAGAGUCGUAUCGUCACGCUCCUUUGUAAAGUCACGGCUGAUAUACCUGCCUGCUGCCUUCCUGGGCUGCUGAAACUGGUAGCGGUGACAUGUGAUGGACUGGAAGAGCUGGUGUGUCAUGAGCUGAGAUAAGGGCACGAACAGGUCCUGUUUUAGCUGUAAGAUCCUGGCCCUAUGGCAGAUGCAUCUCGGCAGGCGAGCGCCUUCAAAUCCGACAGCCAAAUAGCCUAGAUCCUCUUCUGCUUAAACACACAGGCCUUCACCUGAGGAGAGUCACAUGCCUGCCAUAACCACGAGACUGAUGGCGCCCGUGUCGCUGCCAGCUACUCAUUGGUCACGUUUUAGGCAUCCAGUAGGAAACGCCGACCUUUGGGUCCUUCAGAGAUAAUGCCCAUCCUGAGUUGUUCCUCUCCUCACUUCCUGUGCGGUGGGUCACUGUUUGUGGUUAAACAAAAGCCGUAGCUGAAUGUGUUCGUGAGUGUUUGUGUACAGCUGCCACUGUCCAUACCGUGGUUCGAAGUUCACUAACACAAAGUUAAAAAUAGGGGGAAACGCUGGCACACAAACACACAUACCGAUAGCCACAAGUUUUCUAGGUAAUAUCGUUAUAAGUCAUAGAAGUGACGUUUCUUUUUCAGGAAUGGCUCGGCUGUGCCGCUCUCGUUCCUUUUCGGUACCUGAUGUUUACGCUAUGUUUCGACCGUUGGUGGUUCCAGCAUCAACUUCUGCCCUGAGGUUUUUAGAUGUUUUUCCAGUCAUGAGUUUAUGCUCAGCGAUGUAUUAAAGCAAUGAAAGACUCACUGACCCACACGUGUUUGUAAAGAACUCUGUAAUGUUUGGUGUUUGCCAAAUCAAAACAGUGUCUCCCCUGGAAAUCACUUUGGCGCCAUACUUAUGUGGCCUCUGGGUACUAAAUUAGGAGUUGCUCCCUUUUCCCUCAGGACUGAUCCCGGAAGAUUCAGGCCAUGGCUUGUAGCCUUACUGGUGUGAGAUCAGUACAGUUAGUUUCCCUCAGCUGGUUAACAAAACGUCUUAUCUGGCAUGUCCCAAACCUCCAAGGGUCUGGAAUAUAAUACUUUAAUUCCAUGUCCUUUCCCUGGAGCCAAUGUGAGGGAAAGUUACACCUACGAAUCCAUUAAGCACUAGCUGGGAGGGAAUUUAGCGUGGAAGCUGCAAGCCCCUGUGUCUUCACACUGCCCCUGCACUGCACCAUGCUCCCGGGAGUCACUGCGACCUUGACUAGCAUGUUCGCCUAUGCAGCUGACGGUAGUGGGACCAGGGAGACCAUCCCAUAGCAUUUCAAACAGGGCUCCUAAUCUCUCUGGGUAUUGGCCCUCACCGAACCUCAUGAGCACAAGGAUGUAGUCCAUGCCAUUUGUCUUUUGUUCACUCAUAUUCAUGUAUAUAUAUGUUGGUUUAUAUAUAAAAUAUAUAUAUAUUUUGUUAAGACACAUCUAAUAGUAUUCUCAGGGGGCUUCUGCGUUAAACCAUCUCCCCAGCUGUAUUUGUAUCUCUGUAUCUAAAAUAAAAAAAAAUCCAAAAUGUUCUAGCAAAUCUAAAGGGGUGAUGAGUUAGCCGAAUACUCUGGCUCAUCUGCCUACUGUCUGUAUUCUAGUGUUGUGGAUCAAAUUUGAUUGUUGGCUAUGUAUUUUGGAACUGUUUUAAUUGUUUAAAAAUAUCUAUCUGAAUAAAAUUUACCAAUAAACGCAGCAGCUGUAAACCAA